AUGCCUCUAUGUUCUCACCGCUUUCCGCUUCCAGGCUCACCUCAAACGGUGCAGGGAAGAGCAACUGGCUUCAAGGAGCUCCCUUAUCCCAGAUGGCUGCACUUCAUCUACAUGUUACUCAUUUUGGCUGCUUUCGGAAUGUCCGUGCUAGAGAUUGUGCGCUUGGCGAUGGCAGAUAUGGGCGUGGGCUUCUUGCCGUUGAGCAGCGCGGGAUUGUUCCUUGUCCUGAAUAUUAUGUGGCAAGAAAGGAAGGCCAGGACGAGAGAAAUGCUUAUGGUUCUCACUGCUUAUUGGUUAUUCAUGGCUGCCGCAGAAACGGUCAAAAUUGUCAGAUUGCACACACUGGACCAGAUCCUCUCGGAUGCUAUAGAAGAUCGUAACUUGUAUCCAAGCUCUGUUCAGAUUUUGGACAAUGCGGUUCUACUAGGACUAUAUGUACUGUUCCUGUGUUUCGAGCCCAUCACGUUGUUCUUGUCGUUACGCACAAAGCCUCCGUCAUUCGAGUUAUGUCCGUUGGCAGAACCCGACCCCUUCCAAGUGCCCAAACUGCUAGCUUGA